AUGCUCUGCAGUGUUGCUGUUUCAAAACGUGCGUUCCAGACCAGGGCAGAGACAAGAACAACGUCGAAGUCGUGGUCGGGAACCCUUUUGUUAAGCAACUCCCAAUCGGCCGCUCUAGAAUCCUCGUUCACGAAUAUUGUAAAAGAUGAGGCCAUAUCCACUCGUUCAAGUCGCGCGUUAGUAUGUACGAAUACCUUUUCUUCGAAAAUGGCCCAAUUUCUUAAUGCCUUGUCAAUCUCGCUGAGAGCAGACGUGGGUGAUUCGUCUGCCAUCAUCGAAGACUUGAUCUGUAGGUCAUCUUCUGGUGGCGUCUUCUGCAGCCGUCUGAUUUCCCGGUUCCUUCUGCGAUUUUUGAGCUGCCGGACACCCCGCUUGCUUUGCGUGUUGUCCUGUCUGUCGGUGGGCUCAUCUUGGGGAUUUCCGGCCAUCUCCAUUAUGUUUCUGUGCGUAGUGGGCGGGUAUGCCGUCGACUAGCUUCGAUAUACAGUACCCGGAAGCUGUAUCUCGGCUUGAACGACUCAUUCAAUAGUAGAGAGGUGUGAUCGGUGUCUUAUUUCGUGCACCUUCGCUGUGCUGAGUUUGGAUUGAUCAGAAUGG